UAGGGAAACUAUAAUUUGUGAUUGGUUCUGGAUUUGGAUUUAGAUCUAGAUAUGGAAUUUAACGGGUUGCUACUUUGCCCCUCCUUAAAAUGAGGCAAAACCACGGACGCAUUGCCCUCCCUCCUCUCUCUCCUCUCGUGCGCUCAUCGCCAGAUCGUCUCUGAAUUACGCGGAGCGCAGAGGGGAAGGAUUAGGGCAUCACGUCCUUCUCUCUUCUCUCUCUCCCUCUUCCUGCGUCUCGGUUCUGCUCGAGAUCUGUUCGUCCGUCUUCGGAUCUGUUGCCUUUUCUUGCCGGAUUCUGGUGGCCUUUGGUCCGGGUGCCCGUGGAUCUUGCAGAUCGCCGGGUUCUUGGAAGGGAAGCCUAGAUUUCCAAGGGGUUGAAGAUGUUUCUAAUCGAUUGGUUCUACGGGGUUCUUGCCUCGCUGGGGCUGUGGCAGAAGGAGGCGAAGAUUCUUUUCCUGGGGUUGGAUAACGCCGGGAAGACGACGCUUCUUCAUAUGUUGAAGGAUGAGAGACUAGUACAGCAUCAACCUACUCAGUAUCCAACAUCGGAGGAGCUGAGCAUUGGCAAGAUCAAGUUCAAGGCUUUUGAUCUUGGAGGACAUCAGAUUGCUCGCCGAGUUUGGAAGGAUUAUUACGCAAAGGUGGAUGCUGUAGUAUAUCUUGUCGAUGCAGCUGAUAAAGAGCGGUUUGCAGAGUCAAAGAAGGAGCUUGAUGCACUUCUUUCAGAUGAUGCAUUGACGGCAGUUCCAUUUCUUGUGUUGGGUAACAAGAUCGACAUCCCAUAUGCAGCAUCGGAGGAGGAACUUCGUUACCAUCUUGGGUUGAGCAACUUCACCACGGGGAAGGGGAAGGUGAGCUUGACUGAUUCAAAUGUUAGGCCACUGGAGGUCUUCAUGUGCAGCAUAGUCCGUAAGAUGGGCUACGGUGAUGGUUUCAAGUGGAUGUCUCAAUACAUUAAGUAGAUGACACCACGUCGUAAAAGGAAAAAGUCAUCGUACCUGUGGCUGUGGCACACUUUGUUAUUGCCUAGUGUUUUUUGGACACUUAUUUUAAUCUUCCCUUUCUGCACUUUUUAGGCCAGGUUGUGCCCGAGUGUCAAGGACCAAUUACAGUGUUCAGUCCAUGUGUAAAGUGAAGGUGUAAUUUUAAUCCGGUUUUGCCUUCCUGAUCUGUUCUCUGGAAUUUUUUUUGGCCACUGGCUGCUGUAGAUGCUUGAUCAUCGAUUAUAGCUUUCUUUA